UUGACCAAAACCACUCAUUAAAACAGCUGAUUUUCCGCACACACAAUGCGGCUUAUUUUUUUCAUGUAUUUCUGGUGAUAAGUAAGAGGAAAUUGUUGGACUACGUGCCGUUAUUGCUUGCUUUGCGUCGUUACUAUUAAUUAACACCAAACGCCGCGGCUUUUAUACGGAUGUAAGUGUUGAUAAUCGUAAUCGACGGUACAAAUCAUGAACAAAAUUGCAAGGCUGAUAUUUCGGGUUUGUGUAACUGCCGGUAAUCUUAGAAUCUCGUUACCAAAUACAACCAGGUUUUUUUACACCCCACAUACUUCGUUCUCUUACGCUUCAUACUCAAAAGAUUACAGAUCAAACCGUGAGCCGUCGAUUAGAGGCAGCGAAAGCGAUGUGGUUUUACAGGCCUUAGCCACGGUGCGAACAAAGGAUGAAAUAUUUGAAAUUGUUACCACAUAUCGUCCGCUGUUGAAGAUUGAACACUCGUUGGCAGCUUUCAAGAUAUUGGAUACUAUGCACAGGCAGAAGAGCAAUGCUGAUUUGACAAUUGUAGAGAAGGCGGAAUUUCUUGAGCUUUGUAAAGUUCUGUUAAACGAUAUCAAUUCCCUGGACGGAAACGAAGCUGUGUACAUUUUGAAGACCCUUACGUACCUUGGCGUUUCAAAUACCAGUUUGAUAUCUCAAUCUCUUCUUCAAGUAAUCAGACAAUCCCUGAACGAUCUGUCCUUUCAUCGUCUGUUGGAACUUGAAUACCAAUUGGAACAUUUCAAGAGCAGUCCGUUGUCAGAUGCUCUUAAAAUUGCGGUGCCAGCAUUAUGUGAAAUUCAACUGCAGAAUAAUAUGUUAGAUAAAGAGAAUAUUGGCGCGUUGAUGUCCGCGCUUGUAUUCUUACGCAAUAAAUCUGGUCAUCAUGAACUGAUAGCAAAUGUUGUAGAUUCGAUACGGAAAAUAGGACAGGACAUGAAGGUUUCAUACGCAAGUAAAAUAUUCAAAUAUAUGUGCGAUCUGCAGUAUCUUCCACCUGGAUACGAAGAAGUAGUUCGAAAUGUACAACAAAUUCUCAUACGUUACAUGAACUUUGUUUGUAUUCAUGAUAUCGAACUUAUUCUUGGCAAAAUGUAUAAACAGAUGGUAUUCUUUGAGAAUAAGACUUUUUAUAAUGAGGAGCUUGUAGACGCUUGUGCAAGAGCUUGCAUUGCCAGAAAUAUUGAAUUUGAAAAAGGAGUCACCAUACUGAAAGUAUUGUCCAAUAUAGGCCACACACAAAUACGAUUAAUCGAUUAUGUCGCUGCUGAAUGCUAUCAAAACCCUGUUGUUUUGAGUAAAUGUAGCGAAAUUAACAUCCGAGUUUUGGUUAUAGCCCUGGCUACCGCCGAUUACAAACCAAUCUUCUGGGAGACUAUGCAAGAGAUCAUAUCAAAGAUUGUCGACAAGGAUCAGUUUAUAUCAUCGGCCUUACUUUUGGAUUUUGCCGUUAGUAUGGCGGUACUCGAUUGCUAUAAUCCACGAGUAAUAAAAGAAAUAUUCAGCGAAAAUUUUCUGUCAACAGAAAUGUUGAAAAAUGAAACGCAGACUAGUUGGAAUUUAUUACUAUUAUAUCAAAGUAUACAGACACUCUGUUCUACCCCAGUUGGAAAAUCUCCACCUGAACGUCUACUCGAAACUGCCAUAUGUUACAAUACAGCAUCCGUCAAAAAUUCCUCUCUGUUACCUGCUUUAGAACAAGCUAUGGGUGGUUCGCAAUUUGUUACAUCUAACCUGAGGACUAAGCUUGGGCAUUAUAUUGAUCACGUUAUAAUGGUGAAAGAUGGACACCCACUUGCGUUGAAUUUUCUACAAGAGGCACAAGAAUACAAACUUGUAACGCACAUAGAAGAAAUUGUACCUCCUGCUGAAAGCCAAGUGAUCAUGGUGAUCAAUUUGCCUGACCAUGCAUACGCCAUUAAUUCUCGUCGCCUAAAAGGACCUUGGUCAUUGAUGCUCAAAACUUUGGAGAAACAUACAGGACACGCGGUUAUUCCCAUAAGUUCACUAAUGUGGAAUGAUCUCAUGGAUUACGAGAAAAUUCCCUAUCUUAUGCAAGCUAUUCGCCUAAAGUGCGACAAAGUGUCGACAUCAACAAACGUGUGAUAAGUAGCAUGAGUUUCUAUUAACAUUCAAUUUUAUUAAAUAACAGAAUCAAAAUGAACUGACGCUAUUACCGGAUGUAGGUUUCAAAAACUCUGAACUGUGUUUAGAAACGUAAAUAAGAUACUCCAGUUGUUUCUGCUCGUAAAGAAAGAUUUUAUUUUACUUUUGCUACGUCUAAUUUGUUUACACCAAAAUGAGUUUUCAUCUUAGUUAUAGAGAAUGUAAAUAAAAGUAUUUAUUGAUAACAAA